AUGAGCUACCAAGGCAGCUACUAUGGGGGCCUGGGCUAUGGCUUUGGUGGCUUUGGGGGCCUGGGCUAUGGCUAUGGCUCUGGUUAUGGCUGCGGAUGUGGAAGCUUCCGUGGCCUAGGCUAUGGCUUUAGCAGCUUGGGUUAUAGAGGCCUGGGCUAUGGUGGCUAUGGCUAUGGCUGUUACCGCCCAUCUUGCUAUGGAAGAUAUUAUUCCUAUGGCUUCUACUGA